CGCAAUUUACAUUCAUGACAGGUUUUUUUGUAACACCCGAAGGAUCUCCGUUCACCAAAAUACUAGAAGAUCGGCUGGUCUGAAUAUGUCAUCAAUGUACAAAACCCGGCGGGCUGAAUGGAAUUGAGAAUGGGAAUUGUGAAGCUUUUAGAAGCUUGUGAAAUGUCAUGGAACUGAUAAUGGAAAUUAUAUUGUUAGAUGUUCCAAUUGUGGGUGAUGAGUUGUUAGUUGCUUUUAGAAAAGCUGAUAUGAGGGUAGAGAUUACACUUCAUUGCAUUUGAACGAGAUAUGGCCUCGUAAUAUAUGCACUGAUCUUUAGCUAGAAUUGCUCGGAAUCAUCAUCCAUGCCCACCAUGUGUUUGAUAAAAUUACCAUAUUACUUGUUGCAUAUGCCUGAAGAAGUCCCUGAAAAGAAGGAUACUACAGGGAUGAGGGGUGUAGUGAAGAGUGUAGGUUUGGCUGUCGUUAAUGAUUCAGAGUAGCUUGGAUCAAUUUUGGCCAGCCAAAUCUCCCAUAAAAGCUUUCUCAAUUGACUCUGGUGAUUAGAGAUCUAAGGGAGCUAGAGAGAUGUGCUUGAUACAUGAACCAUUCAUCAUAGUAGCAACAUGGAAUAAAAACAGAGUAGAGCA